AUGCUUACCAGAUUCCUCCGCUCCGGACUCCGCCCCCAACUCAGAUGUCUCUCCCAACAGACGCCUCACAUCGAAGAGGAAUAUUUUGAGGAUUUCGAGUCACAAGUGGCGACGAAAGAUCCAGAAGACGUCGUCGUCAAGGGAUUCUCGACUUCAGAUGAUUUGGAUUUCGUGGGGAAUGUAGUUGGGGCGUUGACGAAGCAAAGAGCGAAGGAUUUGUUCGUUGUGAGGUCAGAGGAGAAGGAGAUGACACCGUAUAGUCAUCGGAUAAUCUGCUCUGUCUUCAACUCGCGUCAAGCGGCGGCAAUCUCUGAAAAUCUCCGAUCAAUACUGAAAAUAGAUGGGAAUACGGUAUCAAAUGGAAUAUUGUCACACGUGAAGAAGAGUACGAAGAGAAGCAACGGAUGGUAUGUCAGUGAGAUCGAUAGGGUUCAGAUCCACGUGAUGAGUGAAGAGUGUCGUGAGAAGUACGAUCUGGAGGCGAUUUGGGCGGGCGACGAUCGGAUUCUGGAGGAGAUUGAUGAGUUGAAACAGAAGACGUUGUUGCCACCGCAGAGGAGAUAA